AUGUUUAAAAAAAUAGGCCUCCAUGAAACAGAUGUAGCUGCUAUGACCAAAUACUCAAUAAAGGAUAUAUAUGGAGCCUAUCGUGGGGAAUUUCAGAAAGUCCCUUUGAGAAGAAUUGUCUGGAACAAUAAUGGCCAGCCUAAAUGGACAUUCAUCUUAUUCUUGGCUCUGCACAGAAAACUGCAAACUAAGGAGAGGAUAGCAUGCUGGGCUAAUUUAGACAAUAUGGAUUGUGUGCUAUGUAAGCAAGAGAAUGAAGAUAUUGACCAUUUAUUAUUUGAGUGCAUGUAUGAUAAACAGGUGUGGUCAAACCUCCUAGCUUGGCAAAACAUAAGAAGAGAAGUGUGGAACUGGAAGCAUGAAGUACAAUGGGCCAUAGAAAAUGCUACUGGGAAGACUGCUCAACAGGAGGUAUACAGAAUGACAUUAGCUGGUGGAGUGUAUCACUUAUGGAAGGAAAGGAAUGCAAGAAUCUUCAAGGAAAGCAGCAGAUCUGCCGAUCAAGUGGUCAAGCAAUUGAUAAGAGAAAUUCAUGUUAGAGCUCGCAGAGUUAGUAGAUUGGAUAGAUAUAUGAAAGAUUUGAACUUUUAUCCUUAG